GCGUGUGUGCCUUGCGUUUUCUGGGAAAUUUGGGCCAUUUUCCGUCGUUCAGAACAAGUGGAUUUGCAGUGAAACUGCCGUGUGCGGGAUUGCGGAAACCAAGGCGACCGAGAAAAGUGUUGGAUUUUUCGGGGCUCUUCGCAGAGGCGAUUGCUCUGGUGGUGCUGGUGCUUAUUGCGUUCCGUUUUCCCCUCGUCACGCCAGAGGAGCGAGAGCAGUUGUAACAAACGGGUCCCGUUCCAUCGUUCCGUUUCCAUCCGUCCGCGUUGCGUUCGUCGUCGUCGUCGUCCGUCCGUCCCGUCAUCCAUCUUUCGUCGUUCGAUUUUGAGAUUUUUUUUUUCGUUCGAUCGACGAAGAAGUCGUGCGUGCGUUGUAUGUGUGCCGCGUCGUGUACGUGUGCCGCGGACGGUCCAAGCCAAGAAAGUGCGUUUUUCUUUUCGUGGUGGGUUUGACGAGUGUGGCGCCCGGAAGAACGACGGCGAAGACGAGAGGCUGAAGAUCCUGAUCCUGACAAGCGAGAGCCAGAUCGUCAACAUCCGGAGGAAGAGGGCGCAGCGGCGGAAGGCAGACAGGGAUUGAUCGGAAGUCGGAACCAAAAUACGUAAAAGUGCUCCUCUCCCUGUCCGAGAGCGGCGGAAGCAGCCCCCACCAGAAGUCCCAUCAAGAUGAAUGAAUUUAUCGUGGCCGGCAAGUAUCGGAUCAUACGGAAGAUCGGUUCCGGUUCGUUCGGGGACAUCUACCUGGGAAUCAACAUUACCAAUGGCGAAGAAGUGGCCCUCAAAAUGGAAAGCCUCACGGCGCGGCAUCCCCAGCUGAUGUACGAGUACAAACUGUACAAGGUGCUGAUCGGCGGCGUCGGAAUCCCCCACAUCCGGUACUUUGGCCAGGAGCGGAAUUACAACGUGCUCGUCAUGGACCUCCUCGGACCCUCGCUGGAAGAUCUGUUCAACUUCUGCAGUCGCCACUUUACCAUCAAAACGGUGCUCAUGCUGGUCGACCAGAUGAUUGGCCGCCUCGAAUACCUGCACAUGAAGAACUUCAUCCACCGGGACAUCAAACCGGACAACUUCCUGAUGGGCAUCGGGCGGCACUGCAACAAACUGUUCAUGAUCGACUUCGGGCUGGCGAAAAAGUACCGAGACUUCCGGACGCGCAUCCACAUCAUGUACCGAGAGGACAAGAACCUGACCGGAACGGCCCGGUACGCGUCCAUCAAUGCCCACCUCGGGAUCGAGCAGAGCCGCCGGGACGACAUGGAAUCGCUGGGCUACGUCAUGAUGUACUUCAAUCGGGGCUCGCUGCCCUGGCAGGGCCUCAAGGCCACCAACAAGAAGCAGAAGUACGAAAAGAUCUCCGAGAAGAAGAUGUCCACCCCGAUCGAGGUGCUGUGCAAGGGCUUCCCGGCCGAGUUCGCGAUGUAUCUCAACUACUGCCGCAGCUUACGGUUCGACGAGGGACCCGACUACAUGUAUCUGAGACAACUGUUUAGAAUCCUAUUCCGUACGCUAAAUCAUCAGUACGAUUACACCUUUGACUGGACGAUGCUGAAACAGCGAGGGAUCCUGAAGGGCGGCACCAACGCGCUGCCCCACGCAACUGGCGAGGGAACCCGCGAGGAACGGCGUGAUAAAGAUAAGCAACCAACGGAAACAGAGAAAUAGAAGUUUUGAAAUUAUUUUUUAUGUAUAAAAUAUAUUACAAUUACUAAAACUGAGUAAACUUAAAGAAAGAGAGGGAAGCAGGCGGAUGAAGAUAGAAAAGGAAGUAAGGAACAAAAAAGCGCGCGAAAGCUGUUAUAAGCGAAGGAAAUUAGGAAAACGAACAGGCAGCACAGGAAAGAAGUAGGAAGCAAAAGGAGGCGAACCGAGAGCAGAUGAAGGUGCAGAACACGGAUACAGAAUCGGAUAGUUUUUGUUUGCUUCGUGGGCAACAGAGAAAGGUUAGCAAAACUGAAGAAGCUGUAAUAGGAACACACUUGUAAACGAAACGAGUGGAAUGUGGCAAAACAAAUCUUGCUGAAAAUAAAAUAAAAAAACAAAAAGGAGACAAAACAUUAGCAAACUCUUUAACUUUAAUUACAAACAAAGUAUGUAAAAUUAAAUAUAAUUAUUAGUGAUUAUUACAAUUACAACAAAUAUCGGUUGGAGAUGCGGUGGAAAUGGAUCGAGACCGGCGUUUGCGUUGACGGUCGGUCAGUGGUACGAACAAAGCCGAACAUCAAACAAAAGAACUGCACUUCCCGUUUCGGUUGUUGUUCGGGCGGAUUGACCGAUCGUCACUUGCGCCACACGCUAACACUGUGGAUGUAUGUAUGAAGAUUUCUGUAAAUCAAAUUUAUUCGAACUGGGUGAAUUGUUUUACAGCAAUCUUUAAACCAAAAUCGCUCAGUUUAGUGUGCGAUGUCUCACUCAAAGUACACUCUCAUUCACAAGACACCCACUCAUACAUACAGAGAAUCAUACUUUUCGUCUCUCAUUCAUGGUCUCGCGUUCCUCCCCCCGUUCUCUCAAUAGGUAAUCGUAAGCCAUGCGCCAUCCAUCGCCGUCAUACAACAAUCAUAGCAUGUCACACAAACACAUACAUACACACACACGUUCGUUUUAUCUCCCUCGUUCAUACUGAUAGAAUACUGCUGUGUAUUAUUACGGUUCUACUUUGCUGCGGGUUGGCAUAGUGGCCAUUUGGCAUAACAAAGUUUUCGAAUUUUUGGGUUUUGUAAUUGGUUGUUCUUCGUGCUAUGCCAAAUGGAAUUAUGCCAAACGAGGUGGAGCCAUUAUUACUACUGUCGGGGGCUCCCUAGGUGGCAAGAAGUCGUCUGGUAUACACUCGUGUGGUGUAAGGAUUUCCAAAUUCUAAAAGCCAUUUCGCAUAACUCGAAGAACAACCUUUCCGGAUGAAAACAAAUUUGCUAUGAUGAAAGCUGCAGUUAUGUCAAAUGACUUUAUGCCAAAUGGGUUAUGUCAGACGUUCGCAUGCCACGAAGUGAGCCUCUAUUAUUGUGCAACUGCAGAACCAGAUAACAAGAACGUUUAAAGCGAUGAAGCGCUAUUACUCUACAAGUACUACUACAAAAUAGCAUAAACAAAGGAAAUAACAAAACAGUGUUUGUCUAAUGUUUUCGUUUUCCGACUCUAGUUUUUAGUUGACAUGAACUCAUAUUUUUGCUGCAAUCGAAUUUUGCCCAUUUCUUCACAGUAAACGAGACAAGAUGAAGAAAUCCAAGAAUUUAUCCAAUUUAGUAAAGAAAAAAAAAAGAAGGAACAAUAAUAAACACAGCCAAUACGACAAAGUAACACAUACAAAUGCAAACCAGAGCAAAAAAGAAAACCCGUAGAAUUAGGAAAUGGAUCUGCUCCGUGACCACACGAAACCAAUAGUAGCAGGCAUUGUCGAUGUGACUGUAUGUCUCCGGAACAAAUCUAACCUACAAGAAAACAGCAACAACAACAAUGCACAUACUUUUCCCUCUCCUGGCGGAAGUCGCUUUUCUCUGUUUCCGUUGUUCAAAUUACUUCAAUGUCGUCGUGCUCGCCAGGUAUAAAGUAGUUUGGCAUAAGGACCGUUAUGCCAAAUGACCCUUAUGUCAAAUGGGUCGCUUUUGUUUGACUCAACGAAUGACAGCUGAUGAAGUUAGGUUAUGCCAAAAGGUUAUUUCGUCAAACAGUUUUAGCCAAAUGACCAUUUGUUCUAUUUCUGAGUGGCAUAAAGAACAUUUGGCAUAAUCGUCUUCAAUUGGCGGUUAUGCCAAACGACGGCAUGUCAUACGAGCUCCCCUUUGUGUCAGUUUUGUAACUCAGUACGCCCCCGCCCUCAUCCUCCCAGCUGUCGUUGAUAGUGACAGAAUCCCUCCCCCCUCACACUUUUGUGUAGCACGUCCCACAAGCACACCUAACCUCAACAUCCUUGUUUUGAUUGUUUUUAUUGUUUUCGUAUAAAAACUGUUCAAAAGCGCGUGCGCGCGGAAGCAAAAGUUCUCCUGUGUUAGAGUACUAGUUCUUGUACUGUCGAUAGAGUGAAAACUAAUUAAGAUAACUGAUUGAUCCUUCUGUCGUCCGAAUGCUGUGUCUUUGGUUUAUGUUUUAGAGGUAAAAUGUGUUUCCCCCCUCUACUUUCUUACUGGUGAUCUCGGGAAGGAUAGAAAGAGGUCAUUCUAUGCAAAACAGCAACGUCAAACAAUGCAUAGAGUUUUCGUUUGAGAAAAAAAUAAGAACAAUUAUGGAAAACACAGAAAUUAAUUAUAAAUUAAUCGAAUAUACUAUCAAAAUAAAAAAAAAAUGAAAAAAGAAAGUAACAAAUUAUGUGUAAAUAUAUUGAAUUAAAACAAAUGAAACAAACAUGAGCAAGAAACGAACGGAAGUUAGCGAAAGAAAGAAAGCAUUUCUUCUUUCAAGAAAACUAAAGUUCUAGACAAAACAGCAAAAGGAAAACAACAAACAAAAACAGUUUUUUUAACUAUAUUCAUGAAAACCAGAACCCAACAAAUAUCUAAACGACUAUAAUUGUUUAAGUAAGACAAAUAAGCAGAAAAAAAAGCUUAACACGGACACAACAGUUUCCAGAAAAUGAAAAAAAGAUGCGAUCAAAGCAACCACAGAGAAACGAAUCCGUGUUGGUGGGUGUAACACCCGUGUCCCCGUUUUCCCCUCGUUCUCCCCCUUUGUUCGUUGUGAAAACCCACACCCGGUUGUGACCCCCAGAGUAAGUUCUGGAAGUUCAAUUGACCCCUCCUUGCUGCGGUCAAUUGGAUCUCCGGGAUCUCCCGGUAUACCGGAAGAAAAACCGUCGACCUUGGUGUUGAUAUGUCGGUAAAAUUUUCUUCUGAAAUGAUUGGUACAAUUUACCGAACCUCGGUAAAUUUGUCCGAAUCAAUAGUUUUGCCGAGAUUCGAACACCAAUGUCGGUGAUUUAUGUCGUUUUCGUUUUUGCGGCGGUGCUACGCCGCUUCGUGCUACACUUUUUGCUGAAUAAACGAACAUUUUCGGUGCAGUUGCAUUGGUGUGCGUGUAUAAACACCAAAAUAUUGACAACUUUGCAAACGCUGAUUGGUGGACAUGGUGUACACCAGCUACACUCCCGAUUUUUUGAGUGCUACACUAUUAUGCGCGGUGCAGAAAAAGUGCUGCACCGGUGUAGCACGAAAAUCAAAAACGAACAUUUUCGGUGCAAAAGUGCUACACCGGUUUAGCACCACCGCAAAAACGAAAACGACAUUACUUUUUGUGUGGAUCAUCCCGUUUUCGUUUGUCAUCGAAUGGGGCUCGCGCUCCACCCCUCGCCCCGAUCCACCCCCCUUAGUAGAGAGAAAGAGAAUUACUUGUAAUGAACAAAACAAAACAAAAUCUGUGUUUUUCCCGCUCUCUCGAAUCGGAGAGCAGCUACUACACAACUACAAAACUAGAAAACAGAAUAUACUAUGAGAAAUAAAAAUGAAUACAAUACAAGAACAUACAAACAAACAAACAAAAAAGUCGAUUCAGCUGGAAGCUGAACAGGAAAAGCAGCUUAAAGGAGAACACAUACACAACAAAAGCCGCAAAAGAGGAUGAAGAAGAUGAAGAAGGCGAAUAAAACAAGCGUAAAUCAGAUACAGUAGAAAGGAUUUAUUAUUAGGAAGUAAUGAUUAUUAUUUUUUUUCAUUGAAUGAAGGUAAAAAUGAUAGGAUGAUGCAAGAAGUAAACAGUUAUUAAAUAAAGAAAAACCUAAACAAAAAAUAA